AUGAAAAAAAACCCACCAUGUCAGCGCCAUUUGACUUAUGCGGGCAAGCAUUUAGAAGAUGGUUUUACACUAAUGAGCUAUAACAUACAAAAGUACUCGACUCUUUACUUGGUUUUACGUUUACUUGGCGGUAUGGAAAUUUAUGUUGAAACACGACAGAAUAAAACCAUUGCAUUGGAGGUUGAGUCUUCUGACACCGUUAAAUAUAUCAAAGCAAAAAUUGAAGAAAAAGAAGGUAUUCCUCUAGAUCAUCAGUGCUUGAUAUUUGAUGGCAAGCAAUUGGAAGACGACCGUACUCUCUUCGAAUAUAAUAUUGAGAAAGACGCUACUCUUCAGGUGAUUUUGCGUUUGCGCGGUGACACACAAAUCCUUGUUAAAGCUUUGAUUGGUAGAAAUAUCCGCUUGAACAUAGAUCGAGGUGUUCGUAUUCGAUCGCAUCAGCAGUGUUUAAUCCAUGCUCGCAAGCAGUGGGCAUAUGGACAUGACAUCUGUACUUGUAAUGCUCGGGAAUCGUCUGCCUAUCAUUUGGUUUUGCGUUUACAUGGUGGUAGGCAAAUUUUCGUAAAGACAUUAAACGGCAAGACUGUUGCCUUGCAAGUCGAGCUUACGGAUACCAUUGAAAAGAUGAAAACUAAAAUCCAAGAAGAACAAGGCGUUCCUUAUGAACUGCAGCGUCUGAUUUUUGGCGGCAAGCAAAUGCAAGAUGACUUCACUAUUUCUGAUUACAAUAUUUAUAAUCAUCCAACUCUGUACUUGGUGCUGCGUUUGCGUGGUGGCAUGCAUAUCUACCUUAGAACUUUAAAGUUGUCUCUCCAAAUCGAAGCGGAGGACACCUUGUCUAGACCGCAUCUCCUACCAAAUAAUGAGUGCGCUAUCUAA